GUAAAAACCUGUGAUUAAAUGUACACGAAUUACACAUACCAAAAUUGGAAAUUGGAGUAGACUUUGUAUUGUGAUCUAUCGAAAAGUGCUGUGAAUUCUUUUGGAAUUGUUUUGUUAAAAAGCGGACUUAUUUCAAAAUGAUGCAAUUUAUGUUAUUAUUCAGUCGUCAAGGAAAAUUGCGUUUACAAAAGUGGUAUGUGGCUCAUCCUGAUAAAUUGAAGAAAAAGAUUACUCGAGAAUUAAUUACUACAAUAUUAGCACGAAAACCAAAAAUGUCAAGUUUCUUAGAAUGGAAGGAUGUUAAGGUUGUCUAUAAAAGAUAUGCUAGUUUAUAUUUCUGUUGUGCAAUAGAACAAAAUGAUAAUGAAUUAUUAACAUUAGAAAUUAUACAUCGUUAUGUCGAACUAUUGGAUAAAUACUUUGGAAGUGUUUGUGAACUAGAUAUAAUUUUCAACUUUGAAAAAGCAUAUUUCAUCUUAGACGAAUUAUUGGUUGGUGGUGAAAUUCAAGAGACUAGCAAAAAAAAUGUUUUAAAAGCCAUUGCAGCUCAGGAUUUACUACAGGAGCUUUGUGUAUCCAUACAAGUAUAUACUCAGUUAUAUGAAAAGGGUUCAGUUCACCAUUUGAAGCUGCAUCAAGGAGAUUACUUAAUUACAAACUAGGAGGAAACUCCACAAGGUUUCUUCGAGGAUCAUGGUCUGGGAUAAUACUUCCUAAACAAUAUAUCCAGCAUAACGUAAGUGGUAUAUUCUUACAACGCUGCUUCAACAUUCCAGAAUUCUAUUUACGACAAGCUUUCUCAAUUAGAUUUAAGAGUAUGGUACUGCAGAGACAUUAACGAAUUGAAAUUAAGCUUUUCAAUUAAAAUCAUGUUUCUGUUAUAAGUUAAAAUGUAAUUAUAUUGAAAAAAUUAUAAUGGCUGUUUGAAUAGUCAAUGAAAUGUAGUUACUCUAUAAAAUGUUAAAAACCAGACAUAUUGUUUCUCUUUGUUAAAAUACUAGCAGUACUAUACUACUUAUAUACAUAUAUAUCAUAUACAAAUAUGUAUGUAUGUCUUUCCAGAUUGACAUAUUAUUUAAUCCUUUAUGUUUCAUUUGCUUUCCGAAGUGAUACAAUGUUUAUUCUUAUCAUAAUUUCUUCUUUUAUCUUUGAUAUGUAUGCAAAGAAGUUGGCAUAAUUAAAGCUUUGGAACUAAAAUUUAUAAUUUUGCUGAUAGAAUUAUUAUAUCGUUGUAUAAUACUUAAGAAAUUAAAAUUUUAUAUGCUGAAAAGAAAUAUGUAAAACAGUUUGUUAUUAAUAUUUUAUUUUGCAUUUAUUACAUUGUAUACCUAUAAAUUGCAUUUAGUAUAUUUGUUUGUAUGAUUAACAUUUUAUGAUAUUUUAGUAAAAAUAUACUAUUUUUUUCAUCCAAGAUGUUUUCAUCUAUAAGAAACGAAAAUAAUACAAUUUGAUUCUGAAACCAUAUUUGGUAUACAAGCAAAUCUCAUUACAUAAACUGCUAUAUUUCCUUUUUAUUGAAUCAUUUUUAUUACGUUGUUUAUACAUAAAGGGUCAAAUAAUUAAAGAAUAUUCGAUAAUAUUGUCGCUAUACGUGUAUUAAUGUAUUGUUCGUGAGGUGCUUAUCAAAAUUCCAUUUACAUUUAUUCUUUUUUUUUUGGAUUGAAAUAUGUAUAAGUAUUACGAAAGGUCAUCAUGUUUUAUCAAUAAUUAAUCGAUGAUCAUACUGUUAUGUUUUACAUAUAAAUAGUAGUCAAUAAGUUUGACGACGUUUUCAAGCAUACGCUCAAAAGUAGUCCAAUCGUUCGAGUAAAAUCAAACUAAAGUUGAAGAAAAGUAAAAGUGACGUUUUGAUAGAAACAAGGCAUAUAAUUGAAAUAUGAACAGAAAAUUAGAAUUAGAAUUACAACAAAUAUAUUGCUCUUGAAGGAGAAAAUUUCUUCUUGAAGAUUUGCGAUUAUAUAUUCGAAAUAAUUGUUUUUCUCUUAAAUAAAAUAUAAUAUCCUCACGUGAAAUUUAUAAUCCUUCGAAAAUAUUAUUUAAGACAUAGCACAAGUAAAAGAAAAUCAAUAGAAAUGUUUUGUUAUCGUUGAAAUCUGAUGAGAUAACUACAUACGUACGUUGUAAAUUUUUCAGUAAUCGUUAUCGCUAAAUGAAGAAAUUUUCCUUGUUAUAAUUAAUAGUUGAAUAUUCAAUUGUACUAUUUGUAUAAGAGUUAUACAGCAUAUCCAGCUUUUUACAUUCUUACGUGUAAAAAUUAGUUAUUUUUGCUUUUCUUUUCUAUAUAUAUUUUUUAUUUAUAUCUAAAAUUUUGGUCAUAGAAUAAAUUUAAAGAAGACUGUUUCUUUAUACAUUUAUCCCUAUUACAUGCAUAAAAGUUUUGGUAAAUUCAAAAGAAUACUUAUAAUAGCUAAGAAAUGAAGCUAAAAGAAAAAUUAAUGAAUAAUUAAUAAAUUACAGAAAAUAUUAUAUAAUGACAUUUCGAAAUUCCUGCGGCUAAUUGCAAAGCUUGCAAAAAAAAAUUGCAUUAUUAUAAAAUCGUUUACAUAAGAUCAUUUCUUUUAAGAAUUAGAAAAAUACCUCGUUUCACGAGUUUAAACCGGAUAUGCUGUAAAAUUUCUUAAAAUUUUGUUGAAUUGAUUAAUUAUAAGCGAAAGGAUGGAAAAGCACUUAAUAAUCGUAGCUUUCGCCAAACGAUUGCGCAAUCUAUCAUUCGUCUCAUACAGGAUGAUUUAUCUUACCAUAUAAAUGAAGUUAUUGCGGAAAGUAAGCUGCGUUGAAAAGGAUAAAAUGGAUCUUCAAGGAUUUAGAUAUUUGUGAAAUAGAAUUCAACACAUUGAGAAUACCUGUAUUUCACGAAAUCAGUGAUAUAUACAUACAUUACAUAUGCGUUAUAUGACUCUGUUAUUUCAUUGAAAAGGAUUCUAUCUUCGUUCUUUCGAGUAAGGGAAAAACAAAGAUAAAGAGUCGUAUUCGUCGUUUUAAAUAUAAUAUUAUUUCAAAAUUUACAAUUGCUUGCCAUUUGAAAUUGCCGAUUGACCAUUUUAUCAAAAUGGAAAACGUUUAAACAAAAUUGCAUAUCUUACCUUCCAUAAAAUUCAUUUGUCUAUCGACAAGUUAAAAAUUCAUUUUAUUUACAACUUGUCCAUUAAUAUUGCGCCAUGUACUUAUGAUAAACUUGCUGAAUACCAUUCAACCCAGCGUACUUUCCCAAGUAAACAUAUAAAUUAAAAUCGACCACCCUGUAGGCUAACUGAAUAUCAUUGACGAGGAUAUCGAUUUCGGUAUAAACAUCAUCUUGUAAUAUUUUUUCGGUGCGGACGAUGAUAAAAGAUAUUCAUGUUCCUGUCGAUUAUCAUUCUCGUCUUACCGAAAUAGUUUUGCGCGCGGUUCUAUCGCCAAUUCUUGUUUUUGCGCGUUUAUGUACGUCCCGAACAAAGGAACGGAAGAAAUCAAUGUUUAAACGGAAGCAUGUAAAAGAUUUCCCAGGCAUGCAAGUUUGUAUCGUUACUAGAACCAUAGUUUAUCGAUUAUGGAAACGUUCGCCGAUCGACAAAUUUAUCAUAUUAAUCUCGGUGAAUAUUACGCUCUUAAAGGCUGUCAUGGAUGAAGGUUUGUCUCAAUACAUUUUUCAACAUUAAAAAUUAAUGAAAUCGAACAGAUGAAAUCAAAUGUUUUACAGUAAUUAUUGGGUCGCGGAUUUUUAUGCGUUUAUGGGACAUCUAAAAAUGCGAAAAUCCAUAUAAUAUACCAAAGUAUGUACGGUGUUUCAGAAACUAUGAUGCAGUCUACAGUUGGUUGAUUCUAUGUGAAACAGCAAGUCGAAAAUACGGAAUAAAGCUUGUUGACGCGUGUUUAAGAAAAUCGAGAAAGAAGCUAAUUGAUUUGAAAAUUUGUCGAGUUAAACUUGGUUAAUUACCGACUAAGUAUAAGUGGACAAUUAGCAGCAGGUUAUUGCGCACGCGGAUAUAAAUAGAAAAUGCGAAAUAAAAUUUUCCCUUUCAAGAAGAUAAAGUUUGAACAUACUUAGCGAAGAAUUAGCCCGAUAUACGCGCGCGAUAAAUUUAUUAAUUUACCGUUCUUGAAAACAAAGCGAAAAAGCUUUUAUUACGUACCUUCGACUUAUUUUAUUUAAGUAUAUCUAACGAAUUUUCAAGCUUAAUUUUCUCAACAAACGAAGCGACGUAUAUUUUCGCUAGGUUUCUUCACGUAGCAUCACCUUAUCGCCGAUUGUACCAUCAUUGUUGGUGGUUGAUACCACCGUACAAUAUGUCUGAGAUAUCCAAGAUGAUGGUCGUAAUGAUAGUAGGCGAAACAAAUUUCCGUCUCGGUUCUAUGUUUUUAGCGAUACUUGCAGAAAUAAACAUUUCCAUAAAUAUACGCAGCCUAGUGAUUACAAAUAGUAUUACAAUGACAUUAUUGCACGAUAAAAGUAAAAUAAAGCCUGACAAUAUAAAAAUAAAAAUUCACGCACGGUGAAAUUUCUCUUCAUAAUAGCUUUUAAGAGUUAUAACGUCGCGAACACAAUUUACAAAGGGACAAUAAGUUUAAACACUGUUCGUUGAAUCGUUUGUUCAUGGUAUUGAUACAAACUGUUGAUACAAGAGAAAGAGAGAGAGAAAGAGAAAAGAGAGUGAGAGAGAGUAUGCGUUAUACAUAUCUGAAAACUAUAUACUCGCAAACAACAUGUUUUUUAUAGUUUAUCUUAGACGUAGGUAGCUCGAAACACAUUGCGGCGUACGUAUUCAUGAGUCACAUUUAAACCAGCUUGUUGCGAUCUUUUCUUUCUGUACGUCACAGGGUAUUGUUUUUUGAGAUUUUAGCAUUUUUAACGAAAGACCGAUGAUAUUUUUUUCUUUUCUACAUAUAUGAAGGUUAUUUGCUUGGAUAUUAAUUACCAGACUUGAGAAGUGACGAUUGAAAGAUUCAUGAAAACGUUCGGUUUUGUUUAAUCUUACUGGGCAAUAUGGAUAUUUUUAUUUUUAUUUCUUAAUAUUGAUUUUUAAUGACAUCGGGCUAGAAAUUAUAAGAUUAACCUUCUAGAUAAGAAUUUUUUUCUAGACAUUCUCUUUUUAUGUUUUUUUUCUUUUAUUUCAUAUCGAUAAACGAUUUCAUCGAGUAGGCUAUAGAAUAAUUUUUAAUAAUACGACGAAAAUAACAGAAUUAUAAAAUAAAUUAAAUAUCGAUUCUUUUAACUUGAACAAACGAUGAUAUUAAUUUUAUUGGAAAAUGCAUAUUGCCUAGAAAUUCUAUUUCUAUGUUUAUCAUAUCUUAUAUUACGUAUAUAAUUUCACCAAACAGAAUGUAGAAUAGUUUUAAGUAAUACGAAGAAAAUGGCUAUGUUUAGUUAAAGUACUUCGACUAUUUUGCGUUUAAGUAUUUAAUAAACGAUGGUGCACGUAAAUCGAUAUGAUUUGCAUUAUCUUCUGUCUCGUUAGGUACUUUUUAUUAUAUACGUAUAUUUCAAAUACUUAUGACGUUCGCCAGAUUCUUUGUUAGUUUAAUAUAUGGUUACACGUACGCAACGCAAUAGUAAAGAAACUUUCCUUCGGUAGUAUACAGGUGUUUUAUGUUAACGAGAAAUCAAAAUUAGGGAUUAAGCGCUGAGAAUUAUUAGAAUUCGUGGUACACAGAAUUAAAGUAUUAAAAAAAAUUCUCAGAACAAUACUACGAACCAAUGUUAAACAUAUGAACGUGUAUUUACGAUAAGUCUAUGAAUAUUGUAUUUGAAAAGACGAUGCUUUAUGCUCCGUCCAUAAUAAAAUAUGUGAUGUAAAAAUA